CACUAUCGAGAGUAUAUCGCAAAUUAAAUAACAACAAUAAAACAAUAAUGCGUGCGGCGGUUUCUAGAUCGAAAGAACAUAACAAAGAAAUCUAAGAAAUCGGGUUUAAUGGCAACUGAGUGAAAUUAGGUAGAGCAACGAGUUCCUCCGGCUGCGGCUGUUGCUGCUGUUGCUUGGGCACAUUUCUGGGCAACGCAUUGUCGCCGCCGACCGCAAAGCUGGGCAAAAUUAUGAACUUGUGUUCCUCGGGCGCAACGGCAUCGACCACAUCGUUAUCGUCCACGGGCCAGGCGGAGAGGAGCGGCGGAGUUCCGGGAGGAGGAGCAGAGGGCGGCGGAGGGGGAGGAGGCGGAGGCAGUGGUAGUGGAAGCGGCGGCGGCGGCAAGUCGAGCGACGGUACCUCCGAGGCGACACUCUGUUUCGGCGGUUCGGGCAUAUCAGGGGCUGCAAUUUCCGUGGCGGAGGAGCUGUCCAACGGAGGAGCAAGUGGUCAACAGCCGACUGGCAGCAACGGUCACGGUCAGCCACACAACGAAAACAACGCAAUCAUGCCGCCCGAGACGCGUCCCAAGAUGGUGACCGUCAAGCACCCGGAGUCCAACAAGCCCAAGCCCACCACCAAGAAGAGCAAGCCCAUCCAAGCGGACCAGGAUGUCAUCAAGGCGCUGCAGCGAUGUCGCGACGAAGGAAUCAAGCGCUUGGACCUGAGCAAGUCCUCGAUCACGGUGAUUCCCAGCACGGUGAAGGAGUGCGUCCACCUGACGGAGCUCUAUUUAUACAGCAACAAAAUAGGCCAGCUGCCGCCGGAGAUCGGUUGUUUGGUGAGCCUGAGGAACCUGGCGCUGAACGAGAAUUCGCUAACCUCGCUGCCGGAGUCGCUGCAAAACUGCAGCCAGCUAAAGGUUCUGGAUCUGCGGCACAACAAGCUGGCGGAGAUUCCGCCGGUCAUCUACCGGCUGCGCAGCCUGACCACUCUCUACCUGCGCUUCAACCGCAUCACCACCGUGGCGGACGAUCUGCGCCAGCUGGUCAACCUGACCAUGCUGAGUCUGCGGGAGAACAAGAUCCGGGAGCUGGGCAGUGCCAUCGGAGCUCUGGUGAACCUCACCACGCUCGACGUAUCGCACAAUCACCUGGAGCACCUGCCCGAGGACAUCGGUAACUGCGUGAACCUCAGCGCAUUGGACUUGCAGCACAACGAGCUGCUGGAUAUUCCCGAUAGUAUUGGGAACCUCAAGUCCCUGGUGCGACUCGGCAUGAGGUACAACCGGUUGAGCAGCGUGCCGGCCACUCUGAAGAACUGCAAGAGCAUGGAUGAGUUCAAUGUGGAGGGCAAUGGCAUAACUCAGCUGCCAGACGGAAUGCUGGCCAGCUUGAGCGGCUUAACUACCAUCACCCUUUCGAGGAAUCAGUUUACCAGUUAUCCAACUGGCGGACCGGCGCAGUUCACCAAUGUGUAUAGCAUCAACCUGGAGCACAACCGAAUCGAUAAGAUCCCCUACGGGAUUUUCUCGCGGGCCAAGGGUCUUACCAAGCUGAACAUGAAGGAGAAUAUGCUGACGGCGUUGCCUUUGGACAUUGGCACUUGGGUUAAUAUGGUGGAGCUGAAUCUGGCCACAAAUGCGCUGCAAAAGCUGCCCGACGAUAUCAUGAACCUGCAGAACCUCGAGAUACUCAUCCUGUCCAACAACAUGCUCAAGAAGAUACCGAAUACGAUUGGCAAUUUGCGAAGGCUGAGGAUACUCGACUUGGAGGAGAAUCGGAUCGAGGUGUUACCGCACGAAAUUGGACUGCUGCACGAGUUGCAGCGAUUGAUUCUACAGACCAAUCAAAUCACCAUGCUGCCCCGCAGCAUCGGCCACCUGGGCAACCUGACUCACCUGUCUGUUAGCGAGAAUAACCUGCAGUUCCUGCCCGAGGAGAUUGGUUCGCUGGAAAGUCUGGAAAAUCUCUACAUCAACCAGAAUCCCGGCUUGGAGAAACUGCCGUUUGAGCUGGCCCUGUGCCAGAACCUCAAGUAUCUUAACAUUGACAAGUGCCCGCUGAGCACUAUUCCACCGGAGAUCCAGGCGGGCGGGCCGUCGCUGGUGCUGCAGUGGCUGAAAAUGCACUCGCCGUACCGCCAGAUGUGAGAUGUGGACGGCGUUUGGCGCACCGUCUACGUGGGCAGCGACUGCUACUACCAGUAUGAGCUGCAGGCGGUGAACCAGGCGCCCGGUGGAGGUGUUAGUGGUGGUGGUGGUGGUGCAGGAGGAGGAUCAGCGUCCAGAAGCAGCGACCGUCGCUAACGGUGCGAUCUAAGCUAACGGGCGAGAUCCUUUCCCCAUUAUCAAUCCUUAUCCUUGAAGGGAAAACCACAAUAGAAAAGGGGUUUAUGUUCGACUUAUCAAAAAACAAGCUUAUAACUUACUAUCAUUUUCAAAUUUCUAAUUAAAAUUUGUAAAGUCGAAUAUCUAACAAGAUACAAGAAUAUGACGUAACAUUCUGUUAAAACUAGAAAGUAUUUUCCCUAAUUUAUUAGGAGAACUGUUUGCAUUUUUUGUAUUUACUCCAAUUUACUUAUUUUCUUUUGUGGUUUAACCCGUUUAUUCGACUGGAGUGCGUUGGCUGACAAAACGAUAGCUUUAACUUGUUAUACCAAUGUCCCGCGUAUUGUAAACUGCCCCGAUUUGCUUUUUCAUUCUGUGUUCAAGUCCAGUUCCGAGUCCACACUUUAGGUUAUAAUUUAACUCAUGCUUCCAAGCUAGUCAAAAAUGUAACACGCGGAAUGAAUCGAAAUGAAUUGAAAGCUUUAACCUUCUGUUCGAUUUUUGGUCAUAGGGAAAGCAAAAUCUAACGUUCAAAACUAAACAAAAAAUACGCAAGCGCCAAGGAAUUGUUUGAAAACAAAAAAUUAAGAAAACUAAAAACAAAAAUGGUUAAGAAAUUAUUAAUCGGUAUACACAUAAAUGGUAGACGUAUUUUGUAUAAGCAAGUGCAACAAAUCUUAGCAACAAGUAUUAAACUCUGUGUAAUUUGUUUAAAUGAAACGAUUGCAAAUGAUUUUUUAUGGUGCAUCCAGGCAAAUUCAUAUUUGUCGUAUACAUUUAUUGAAAUGUAGAUGUUGUGGACUUUUUAAAUCGGCCUGGAUGGUGCACAGCUAAUGCAGCAUUUUGUAUGUUAGACUAAGCAAAAAAAUAACCACGUAAUGUACUACAGCCUUUUGCAUGUUUGGCAUUAUGGCAUUAAAAUAGCAAAAGAUAAUGUUGUAUACUUCAUCAUUUUAAUGUGGGUGUGUCUGUAAUUGAUUUGUAUGAAUAGAUGAUUUAAAUGCAUUUAGUUAUCAUAACCAUAAUCAACGAUAUUUGUAUGGCAAGUAAAAAGAGAUGAACGUAAAAAAUAUUAUAUAAUGCCACAUAACUGAUAAGCGUAAAAGAUUUCUAGAGAUAACAUGGACUAAGAGUUGCUGUUCUUCUAGCUAAGUUGGAUUUAUACAACUACUUCUAAUCGAGAAAAAGUGUUUUGACAAGGUGAAACUGAACACAUUGUUCAAUAUUAAGUUAUAGGUAUUUUUCAUUUGUUAAGCAUAAAUUUUGCUUGUGUCAAAACACUUUUGUUCGAAAGCUUGAAACACCGAUCUGCCAAUAUGGUACUACUCCAUUAAAUCAGCUCAAAACAAGUUACAAAAAUCGAUUUAUUUAUUUUUAUAUUGUAAACUAAAUGUCUUGAAACACAAACAAAGAAGAAAGAUACAAUUUUGAGCUACUCUCCGCUGCAAUGCAACGCAAAUGGGCUUUAAACUUUAAACAAAUCUUAAACAAAAUCAAUAAAUCAACGAAGCUAA